CGACCGCCAUGAAAGAAAUCUAGAUUUCUGCAAGACACCUGCGCUCGACCUAUCUACCACCUUUGAACGAAUCUACCUAGGCUACUCACUUCACGAUGCCGGCUCCUACAGCGCUACAACGCGCCCCUCAGGCUCUCGCCGACACCGAAUCACAACUCGAAGAUUCCUCUCUACCACAACCCACCGCCGAUGAGAGCGGCGACCUCGAAAUUGUCACCAUACCACAAGACUCUCUCCCCUCGAACGAACCUUCAUCAGAGGAUAUCGGAAUGCAAAUUGACGAAGAAGGCCGCCCUCGCUUCGCACCCGUAUCCACGCAAUCAGACUCUCCAACGGCUGUUCGAAUACAAUCUCGCAAAGUCCCCAUCCCUCCACACCGCAUGUCGCCUUUGAAAACAAAUUGGCCGAAAAUUUAUCCUCCACUCGUUGAGCACCUCCAACUACAAGUACGCAUGAAUAUCAAAUCCAAGGCCGUCGAGCUACGGACGUCCAAGUUCACCACGGACGCAGGAGCGCUGCAGAAGGGCGAAGAUUUUGUAAAAGCAUUCACGCUGGGGUUCGACGUCGAUGAUGCGAUUGCCCUGCUCCGGCUGGACGAUUUGUAUAUUGAAACAUUCGAGAUUAAGGACGUGAAGACGCUUCAAGGCGAGCAUUUGGGAAGAGCGAUCGGCAGAAUAGCGGGCAAGGAUGGCAAGACAAAGUUCGCGAUUGAGAAUACGAGUAAGACGAGAGUCGUUCUGGCCGACAGUAAGAUUCAUAUUCUGGGUGGCUUUCAGAAUAUCAGGAUAGCCCGAGAGGCGGUCGUGAGUUUGAUUCUGGGCGCGCCGCCUGGGAAGGUGUAUGGCAAUCUGCGGACGGUGGCUAGCAGGAUGAAGGAGAGAUUUUGAUGGAUGUGCCAUGCAUGAUUUCACGACAACCACGAGAAGGCAGAGGCGUCGUACGGAGAUUUUGCAUCAGAGCGACGGGGAGUACAUGGCGUUCACGCGGCUUCACCUAUCUCAUUGCGCUUCAGCUAGCAGAAGAGGCGUAGAAACAUAAGACAGGACCAAUAUCAUUUGGUCUCGAAUUCAGAAUGUUCCCAUUCGCCG